CUCUCAUCAAUUCCCGGAUUUGCUACAUGCGACCGUGUUCCAAUGGCUUCGAACAACAUCACCCUUAACGUCAAGUCUCGAGGCAAGCCAAUCUCCAAGCUUCCCCAGGAACUAUCAAUUAAUCCCAAUGCAACCGGACCGGAGCUAUACAACGCCAUUGCUGUAAAGUGCGGGCUCAGCAUACACCGCAUCAGGAUCACCAAAGCCAGCGAUGGCACCGCAAUCCACAACAGCAACAAUGCCACCAUACACUCCACAGGCCUCCGAAACCAAAGUACCAUCUACGUAAAAGAUUUAGGAAGCCAACUCAGCUGGCGAACCGUCUACCUCAUCGAGUAUUUCGGCCCAAUCUUCAUCCACCCAAUGUUCCUCCUCCCGUCCAUGCGCGCCAGAAUCUAUCGCAUCCCCAAUCCCCCCCCAGUCACCGAUUAUCAAGUCCUCUUCUGUACCCUCGUCGUCCUCCACUUUGUGAAACGCGAACUGGAAUCGGCUUUCCUCCACCGCUUCGGCCGCGCAACCAUGCCCGCUCUCUUCGUCAUCCGCAACAGCGGGUACUACUGGCUUCUCUCAGGCUGCAACGUCGCCUACUGGGUCUAUGCGCCUACCUCCAAAGCCGCAUCCACCACCAUUAAAUCUGCAAACCCACUACUGCUCUACACAGGCCUCGCGCUAUUCAUUUUUGGUCAACUUGCAAAUCUAAACUCGCAUGUGGUGCUACGGAAUCUCCGACGACCGGGCACGAGCGAGCGAGGCAUCCCGUCCGGCUUCGGGUUUAGCCUCGUGACGUGCCCAAAUUACCUGUUCGAGGUGAUCGCUUGGAUCGGUGUUUAUCUAGUGAGCGGGCUGAAUUGGAGCAUGGUGCUAUUUAUCGUCGUUGCAUGCACGCCGAUGGUUAUCUGGGGAAAGCAGAAGGAACGCGCGUAUCGUUCAGAGUUUGGCGAUAAGUAUAAAAAGAAACGGUUCGUUAUGCUGCCGGGCAUUGUCUGAGGCCCGUGUUCGCCGGUUGUGGGUGGUAGCACUGCGCUGCGGCCUGGCUACAUAGACGCGGGAUCAAAUCAGGAGGCCAGGGUCUAAGGACAGCAAAGGGGGUUGGACGACGUGUGUGGUGGGACAGAACGAGCUGCCCGUACUUAAUUUUAAUACAGGCCCGAGGGUCAUUGAUCAGCAGGAGGCCUUUUUUUUUCUUUUCUUUUUCUUUUUUUGUUUUCGGGUAAUGUCUUUUGUCUCCUCCUUCCUCAUUCUAUAAAAGUUCUUCUGUAUUUUUAGAGGGCUAUUUUUGCAUUGUAGACAACCUCGUUUUAUUAAUUGCAGAGAAACAAUUGGUGGAAGUAAUGCAGGCGGACCGAAAUUGUUUCUGUUCUUAUUCUAUUCUUUUCUUAUUUUCGUCCUUGUUUGUAGAACAGGCGUAUCCGAUUUCGCAUAUUAGGAGAAAUUAUUGCAAAUCGUUAAUUGCCA